UCCCCUUCAACAACCCCCUCCGCAAUCAAACAGUUCUCCAACUUCGCACGCACAGGGGCAGGCCUCGAGAAAAUUCUCCGACUCAUCCAGGCCCUCGCAACCAUCAUCAUCGAAACCAGCAUCGACAAUGAAACAGUAACGACCUGGUCAACCGCCAAGUCGCAGUUAGCGCUGACCCGCCGCUUCUUCCGCUUCUUUAACUUUCUCGAUUGUUUCGAGCGGGUGUAUGCCCUCCUCGGCAGUAGCAGUAGCAGUAGCAGUUCUGCAGCUGAUGGGUUUCCAACGAUGCUGUUUGAGCUCGGCCGGUGGACGUGUCUAGGGCUGUAUUUUGUGUUGGAGGAUUGUACUAUCCUGCACGCGAUGAACGUCUACCCCGUGUACUGGAAUAAGCCUGUUAUCGUUGAGGCCUACAAAUUCUGGUUCUACGCGUUGGCGUUAUCGAUUGUCGGAGCUUUGUGGGGGCUAUUGUUUGCUUCGGGUUCUGCUUCUAUGGGUAAGGCGCAGCACGAUGAGAAGAAGGGCGGGAGUAGCAAGGAGAGGAAGGUUGGGAUCUCCGGACCUCUAGUGAAGCGGAUUGUGGUUGAUGGCUGUGAUUUGAUGAUUCCUGGGGUAUUUUUGGGAUGGAUUCAGGUGAGUGAGGUUGUGGUGGGCAUGGCGAUGGUGGUGAGUACACUGGUUGCGGGGAAAGAUAUUUGGAUCAAGGCCCAGCAGGCCUGA